AUGGCCCGGAUGACGUCGCUCUCUCGCUCGCCGUCACUCGACGUUAAGCGCCUCGCCGUCGUCAUCGCUGCACUGCUCUCGCUCUCCCUCUGCAGCGCAUCGCACGGCGAUCGUGUACUGCAGGAUGCAAGCCACGACCUCGACACUGGAACGCUCGGCUCACAAACCAACAUGGGCGCCAAGUUCAUCGUUGAUGUGAACAUCACAUCGGCGCAGCAAAGGGCAGUUUUCAUCUUCACCGUGACAAACGUGCCGAGCAGCCCAGCGCCAGUCUUCUCCAACUCCUCCUACCACACCAACACGGGCCAGCUCGUGGCAACGUUUGCAUGCGUGCCCAAGCCCAUCACCAUACUCGGCAUCUACCUUUGCACCGCCAGUUCUCUGGCCAACGUCACCAUGCCAUUCAGGCCGGUGAACAGGGUGAAGGCGCUGGUGGAUGCGGGGUUCUUCUCCAACCCCACCGCCUUCUACUCCACCAUCACUGUCAACGGCGUCACGCUGCGCGGUGGCAUCACCGCCUCCGUUGCUAACCUGUGA